AUGGCAAAGAAUAAUAAAAGUGGAAGUCGAAGUAAACACAUCGACAUCAAGUACUUAGCCGUGAGGGAACGUAUGAAAGAAGAAAAAGUGGUCAUUGAGCACAUUAGCACUGAAUUAAUGAUUGCCGAUCCUUUGACUAAGGGCAUGCCACCUAAGAAUUUUAAGGAUCAUGUAGUACGAAUGGGACUCGGUUCUAGGCCAAACCCGGUUCAGGUUUGUGACGGCUCCACUCUACAUACGGAUCAAACCCGGUUAGAUUCGCUAAAGGUUCUGAUCAUAGGGUUUUGCGUCUUCUCCCUCGCCUCUGUACGCUUCGGGUUCUGA